AUGCAUUUCGCCUCACUUUCUCUGUUUUUAAUAUCUGCUCAACUGCUGACGACGACCAAUGCGGCAAACAUUUUGGGAAUAUUUGCUUUUCCCGUCAAGGGGCAAUAUUCUUUUGUUGAGCCAUUACUAAAAGAACUAGCCCAACGUGGUCAUCAUGUGACAUCAAUAACAAAUUAUCCUCAUAGCGAGCCAGUGGAGAAUUUUCGCGAUAUAGCGAUUGAGGGAAAUCAACAUCUCUUCGAUGAAUUUAAAAAUUUUUCAAUGGAAACUAUUGAGCCCAAUCACUUUGACGUCGUUGGUGCCUUCUACUCUAAGACCUAUAAGAUGAGCCAUAAUAUCUUUGCAAAUGAGAAUGUUAGAAAACUACGUCAGAGGGAAUCAUUUGAUUUAAUAAUUAUGGAUGUGCUAUUUACUGAAUCAUUUUUUGGAUUUGGAGAAGAAUUUGGAGCACCCAUGGUGGCCAUAUCGUCAUGGGGCACAAUGACAUCUGUCGAUGAGCUGGUAGGCAAUACAACACCAUUGUCUUAUAUACCGAAUAUGAUAAUGCUGCGUCACUAUAAUCAAAAUAUGAAUUUCUGGCGUAGAUUUUUAAAUGUUGUCGUCUACAUACUGGAUUGGAUCCAUUACUAUUACACUUACAUGCCAAUGCAACAGAAGAUAUAUGAUCAGCAUUUUCCAAAUGCCUCUAAAAGUAUAACAGAAGCUCAAAAGAAUUUUUCUUUGGUUUUGGUCAAUGAUCAUUUUGUACUCAGCACUCCAAGGCCAUAUGUGCCAAACAUGAUUGAAGUGGCUGGCAUGCAUAUACCCUCACAAGUAGAACCCCUGGCAGAGGAUAUCAAAGAAAUACUUGAUAAGGCGCAGCAAGGUAUUAUCUACAUUACAAUCAAUUCAUUUCUACCCCAACACAUCUUCCAAAUGGUGCUCAACGUAUUAGGGAAUUUUGAGCGUUUGGUUUUAUGGAAUACCCAAUACCAUGUACUGCACACUUUGCAGAUUCCACCAAAUGUUUAUUUUUCUACCAAUGUAUCUCAUUAUACCAUGCUCUCCCUUCCCAAUAUUCAUUUGCUUAUAACUCAUGGUGAAUAUCUUCGCAUCGUGGAAAGUAUCCAUUAUGGUGUGCCCAUAUUGAGCCUGCCACGCUUUGAUGGCUUCAAUGAGGACUGUGUGGAUAACAUAAGAAAAAUAGGUAAUGGAAUAUCCCUAUCAUGGAACCAGAUGAGAGAGAGGACUCUUUCAAAAGCAUUAAAUGAUUUGUUAGCAACGGAUCGUUAUCGGCGUGAAGCCAAAUUAAAGUCCAAGCAAUUUCGAGAUCAACAGAAUACCCCCUUGGAGAGAGCCAUCUAUUGGAUCGAAUAUGUUUUGAGAUUUCAAGGAGCACAUCAUCUGCGUAAUCUAGGACAAAAUUUAACCAUAUGGGAAUUUUAUAAUUUGGAUGUUUUCCUAUGCUUGAGUUUAGCCGUACUGGUUUGUAUAUGUUUGUCUUAUAUAUUUUUGAACUUAAUGCUUAAACUUAUAGUCAAUAUUAAAUGA